CCAUUUCACACACAUUCUCUCUCUCUCUCUCUCUCUCUCUCUCUCUCCUACUUCCACCUACACACUCACUCACACACACACUCACAGAACUCUCACACUCACUUCACAACUACUCAACACCUCUCUCUCUCUGUCUCUCUAUCUUUAGAAACAAGAAGGCGAAAAUGGGUAGUCGAAUUCAGUCGCACCAGCUGAGCAAUGGGCUGUACGUGUCGGGUCGACCCGAGCAGCAGCAGAAAGAUAAGCCAACAAUGGGUUCACGCGCCGUCCCCUAUACCGGCGGCGACGUCAAGAAAUCCGGCGAGCUCGGCAAGAUGUUCGAUAUCCAAAUUCUCGAAGGCCCGGGCCCACACCCACCUCCGUCUUUGAAAUCCUCACGCCCGUCAACAAGCGGGUCGCUGCGAUCCGGAUCCGGGUCCACCUCCGGCCCACUGAGUUCCAAGCACACAACUUCCUCCGGCCCAAUGACGAGAAAGUCCUCUGGGCCCAUGCCGCUCCAGCCCACGGGCUUAAUCACCUCCGGCCCGCUCGGAUCAUCAACUGGGCGUCGGUCGGGUCAUCUGGACUCCGGGUCCGGGUUCGGGCCGGGGAAACCGAGCUACGGUGCGGCCGUGACGAGCUUGGGUUCGGGGGCGGAGGUGAGGGUGGGGAUUGGGGUGUCGAAGGCGGCUGUUUGGGUGUUUGUGGUGGCGGUGGCGAUGGGGUUGCUGAUUGGGGCGUUUCUGAUGGUGGCGGUGAAGAAGGCGGUGGUGCUGGUGGCGGUGGGAGGAGUGUUGGUGCCGGUGGUGGCGGUGGCGGUUUGGAAUUGCCUCUGGGGGAAGAGAGGGUUAGUAGGGUUCGUGAGAAGGUACCCCGAUGCUGAGCUUCGUGGUGCUCUUGAUGGACAGUUCGUCAAGGUCACUGGGGUUGUUACUUGUGGUAGUAUUCCUUUGGAGUCAUCCUACCAAAGGGUACCAAGGUGUGUAUAUGUGUCCACACAACUCUAUGAAUAUAAGGGAUUGGGUGGAAAAUCUGCAAAUCCUAAACACCGUUGCUUGUCAUGGGGAUCUAGACAUUCAGAGAAAUAUGUGGCUGACUUUUACAUAUCAGACUUCCAAUCUGGGUUAAGAGCAUUAGUAAAGGCUGGUUAUGGGGCUAAGGUUGCUCCAUUUGUAAAACCAGCAACUGCAGUUGAAGUCACAAAAGAAAACAAGGACUUAUCUCCAAGCUUUUUACGUUGGCUAGCUGACCGCAGCCUCUCUAGUGAUGACCGUAUAAUGCGCCUCAAAGAAGGGUAUAUCAAAGAAGGGAGCACUGUAAGUGUAAUGGGGGUUGUUCGACGCCAUGAUAACAUACUUAUGAUUGUUCCACCUUCAGAACCUGUCUCAACAGGCUGUCAGUGGGUCCGCUGCCUUCUUCCUACCUACGUUGAAGGAUUAAUUUUGACAUGUGAUGAUAAUCAAAAUGCUGAUGUGGUUCCUGUGUAAAAAAAUUUUAUCUUGUCUUUAUGUUUUGAUAAAUUCCCAAGUAAAUAUUGGAAGGGUGGAAUUGAUGGAAAAUUGCCACACCGCCUGAGUACGCUGUUCUUUCCUGUCCAACUUUAAGUGUGUAAAUUACCCUAGAAGAUCAGAGCAAGAAGCUGAAGAUCACGUAAUAAUCAAUGAACUCUAGUUGGUGGUUAAGAUGCCACAAGCUAGGAUGCUAAUGGAGAUGAUGGGGGAAAAUGGAUUUCCACCAUCAAGAAGUUAGAAGAUGUAUUGUGAGGAAGUUGCACAUUUUGAUUUUUGCUAAUUUGAUAUGUACAUAAGUCGAGUUGAUAAGUUGCGGUAAAUGGUUCAAAAUGGUUUGCUACUCUCAAUUAUAGAAUAAACUGUAGAAUUAUUAGUAUUUAUGUAUUAAGAUCUGAUUUUAAUUA